AUGGCAAUACAAGCACAGUUUCCAUAUUGGGGAGGGUCUCAAGAUUGGAUGGAGUAUGGUUGUGGAGGCUUAAAUCAGUACUUCAAUGCUCAGCAACAAAAACAGCAGCAGCAGCAGCAGCAAUGCAACAUGUAUCAGUUACAAAAUUACCAGCUUCAGAGGAAUCAAAAUAUUUUCUUUGACAAUACUCAUGUUUCUUCUGCGAAAAACAACUACAACAGUAAUCAUCUUUCAACGGGUAGCUUGGCCUCCUAUGAUGAGAAGCAAAGACAGGAGAUUGAUCACUAUAUCAGACUGCAGAAUGAGAGAUUGAGAUUGGUGUUACAAGAGCAAAAAAGGCAGCAGCUUGGACUAUUGUUAAAGAAAGUAGAAUCAAAGGCCCUGCCUAUAUUGAAACAGAAGGACGAAGAAAUAGCACAGACGGCUAAAAGAACAGUGGAGCUUGAAGAUUUCUUGAAGAAAUUAGAGUUUGAGAAUCAAACAUGGCAAAGAGUGGCUCAAGAACGCGAAGCAAUGGUUAUUUCUCUCAACAACACAAUUGAACAACUAAGAGAAAAUGCAUCGAGUUGCUUUAACAAUGACGCAGAGGAUGCAGAGUCCUGCUGUGAUGUUAGCAGAGAAGAAGAAGGGUUUCUUGAUGCUGAUGACAUAGCAAGAGAGAUGAUGAUGGUAUGCAGAGGAUGUAAUUCUAGGAAUUCGUGUAUUUUGUUCCUUCCUUGUAGGCACCUUUGCUCAUGUACAGCUUGUGAGGCUCUUCUUGAUUCCUGUCCAGUGUGUCUAACACCAAAGAAGGCUAGUAUCGAGGCUUUAAUGGUUUAG